AUGGGGACUCCGGAAAAACACAAUCCAUUCGAUGCUCCUCCACCCUAUAACCCUUCCGAAGUCGGGAGCUCCGAUUACCCUCUUGACGAAAAAACCUAUCUGUUCCGGCCAGGCUCCAAUGAACCAGGUCUUGCAGUGGCAUCUACCCUGACUCGCGGUCUCCAAGUCCCAUCUCGCACUGCCGCCACAACGUCCGGCUUCGCAUACCCAGCUGAGCUGAUUCAAUAUGGCAUCUCCCAAGACCACUGGCAACAGUUCACCCAAGUCAUCUGUGACGAGGCCAAGCUUUCGCGCCAACAGUGGACCACGGUUAUUGGCAAGGGUCUCGGCACGCUUGCCAUUGGCGGCCUCAUGAUUGGCGCUCUUAGCGCGAUUCCGGCACUUUUCGUUGCCAAGAAUGCGCGGAAGAGGCAGGAACGGCGAAAUUUGAUUGCUGCGAUGGCUGGUGUACAGGGGGAGAGGCUAUCAAGGCAUAUCUCUCAGUGGAAUGAGACCUUUUUCAGGCCUAAGGGUGUGGUUAUUCGGGUUGACUUGCCGGAUGAGUAUAUCGGUGAUAUGAAUAGUAUGGAUUUGCAUCGGAGUGACCGCAAAUGGGCGAGGUCGGAGGAGGAGGCUCGUGAGAAGGCGGCGCUGAAAGCGAGGAUUGUGAUUAUUCCUUGGGACGAUUCGGUCUCGAGUCGCUCUCCGACUACGAGAGACGAAGGGAGGCAGGAGUAG